AUGCAGUGUCACGAGGGCGACGAGGCCGCCUACGCUGAGGAGUGGGCUGGCUGGACAGGCGGAGGGUGGUGGCGCCAGGAAAGCUCGGCCUGGGACGGGGGAAGAGGCCUUGACGCAGGCCUGUCCAAGACAGCACCGAGCUACGAGUUGCUGAAGACCGACGGCUACAGAGUUUUCAGACGCAAGCUGGAGGUCUUCGAGAGAUGUUGCCGCAAGCGCGGCACGACCGCCAUCAGCGAGGGGGCUUUCCUGGUCAUAAACUCGCUGCAAGGAGAGGCGGCAGAGGCUACGGAGGAGAUAUACCUGGACCUGCUGGAGACAGACGACGCCUUCAGGCCGCUGUUCAAGGUCUUGGACGAGUACUACAAGUACGACAACCAGACUGAGUUGCCAGCCCGGACAGAUCAGUUUUUCGGCAGGUUCGCCCGCCAGGACAAGGAGUCGAUGAAGUUGUACUGCCUGCGCCAUCAGCGCGACCUCAGGAAGCUGAAGGAAGUAGGCAUGGAGAUCCCAGACAUGCUGGCGGGCUGGCACCUCCUCGCGAGAGCGGCGAGCCCGCCAUCGGGUGCCGCCAAGGUUCGGAGUCAAUGCGUAGACGGCCUCGGCUGGCAAAAAGUGAAGAAAGCUCUACUCGACACGUGCGGAGCCGAAGGUCUGCCCGACAAGCGCGAUAUCAAACGAGUUGAGAAGAUGCUGCUCGGACAGAACACCAAGGACGAUGCUCAUUACACGGACGACUACGAGUGGGAGCGAGGCCUGAGCUACGAAGGCACUUUCGUGGAUGCAAAGAAGCGCGUGGCUGAGAUCGCGAAGUCCCGAGGCUUUUGCCCGAUCGUCGCCGUGGCGCUGGACAACAAUUACCAGCGUGAGGCGCGACCCGCUCGAGCGCCAGGCAAAGGCAAGGGACGCGGGCGCGGGGAAGGCAAAGGCAAAGGCAGAGGAUCAAGUCAGCCACGACGAGAUCCCCCAGCGCUCAAGUUCCCGAAGGCCCCGUUCGCCCGCCCUCAGGCUGCGUCGAGUGCGGGAUCGACCGGGACAGGCUCGACGCAGCAGCACGGCCCGAGGUUCAAGAUGUUUCGUCACGGCGGGUUCGCCGGGACAGAGACCGAGUCAGGCAACGUGGUCGAAGACAUCGAGACGCUGGAGUACGCGAAUUCGACCGAGAAGGUGUCCCUGCUGACCGUCGGCAGGGGCAUCAGUGACGGAGGCGCAACGCGGCCCGUCAUGGGCGACGAGGUCUGGGCGCAGUGGGAGGAGCUGCUGCGCGUGAAGCAGUUGCUGCACGAGGUCAUGUAUGACAAGAGCGACCGACGGUUUAGGUUCGGAGACGGGAAGACGCUGGAGGCUAAGAAGGCAGUGGCGUUGAGGGUGUGGCCGUUCGGCGUCAAGAAACAGGUCGCCAUCCACCUCGUCGAGGGGUGGGCGCCGCUGCUCAUCGCCGGGCCCUGCAUGGAGGAGUGGGGUCUCGUCCAGGAUUACCGGGCAGGUGCGUUCAUGGUGGAGGAUCUCCCCGACAAGGGUUGGAUUAAGUCCGAGCGUGACGAGGAAAGCCACUUCAUCAUCGAUCUGCUGGGCAGCGCCGGGAAGGAAGCGGAUGACGCCAUGAACGAGGGCGCUCCCACGGGCGGCGAGGAAAGCGGCGACGAUUCGACGGGCAAGGACUCGGAGGGGAGCUCGGUGAAGGGCGACGCCGACGAGGGCAGCGACUCGUCGGUGCCAGAUGCCGAUGCCAACUACCUCGAGACCAUCAAGGAGUUUGACGACAUCGGCAGCGACGACGAGGCGCUGACGACCGAGGGGCCCGCGGAAGCGGGGCUCACCGACAUGGGCGCGGACGCCUACUCAGACCUGAUCUUGGCCCUGGAGCAAGCGGAGACCGACAUGAAGGAUGCGCUCAGAGGACCCCGCGAACGCGUGGUCUGGAAGGUCUUCGUGGACAAAAGGGCUUUGUCGGAGGAGCUGCUGGAGUUCCCGCAGGUCAAGGUGGUCCAGUUCAGGCAAGCCGACGGCUGGGACUUUUCCAAGCCCAGCGUGAUUCGCUGCUUCUUAAGUAAGACCGAGGAGGAGAAGCCCGACGACAUCUUCUUCGCACCCCCGUGCAGGUCUGGUGCUCUUGGCAGUAUGUCAACGAGAAGCUUUCGGAGGAGCACCAAGAAGGCCCGUAGCAAGUGCAGGCGGGGCGCGAAGUUCGAGAUCAAGGGCAAGCUCAUGCCGUGCCAGAAGCCUACGCGACUCCAGUCCACGAACAAAGAGUUCAUACACCACAUGAACAUGCAGUGCCGCUGUGCCGAGGAGCACGUGGUCCUACGCGGCAAGCUCGCCCAGCAGGCUCAGAAUUACCCGAGACCGAUGGCGCGAAGGAUGGCCUACUUGAUCGCCUAUCAGGGCAUGGCCGACGACAUUGAGGAUACCAACACCGCCGAGGAGGUCUCCAAGGAUAUCGACGCCAUCGAGUACACUGACGUGAUGCAAGAGCUGAUGAAGCGUUUCAACGUGUCGACGAUCAGGGCGGUCAAGCGCGCUCAUAUCAGCCUGGGCCACCCCUCCAACGCGGCGCUGGCAACCGCCAUGAAGUGCGCGAAGGCCCCGGCAGAGUGGAUUCAGUGCGCCAAGCUCUUCCAGUGUGAAGUUUGCCUGAGCAGGCAGCGACCGCGAGCAGUGCGCGUAGCUGUACUACCGAAAGCUAAACGGUUCAACGAGGUCGUGAACACCGACGUCUACUACGUCACCUGGAAGAACAAGGAGCGAAAGAUCUUGGCCCUGAUGGGCGAGUUCACGCGCUACGAAGUGGAUUACCCGAUCGCGCAGGAGACUUUCAAGAAGGAGGUGAAGCUGUUUCAGAAGUUGUGGGUCAGCUGGGCUGGCAAGCCCGACGCCAUGGGGGUGGACAUGGCAGGCUCGCGCACGUCAAGAAGGAUGCACCAGUGGAUGAGCAAGCAUAACAUCACGCUCGACCUGAUCCCGAAGGGCGCGCACCACAAGCUUGGGCUCAUGGGGCGCAACCAUGCGGUCAGGAGGGGGCAGCUCAGCAAGUGCCACCUGCAGUUUCCCGACGACACGCUCAAGACCGCGCUCGGGAUGGCCGCCAGCCAGCGGAACAUCUUACGCAACGUGCACGGGUAUUCGCCCGCGACGCUUGUGCUGGGCGCACAGCCCAAGGUACCUGGCGCUCUAUGCGACCAGGACUUCGGCCUGGCGGAGCAGGCCGCGCUGGUCGACCCCAAGAGCGAGGUGCGCGAGAUGAUGGUCAGGCGCGCUGCGGCAGGGGCGGCUUUCAUCGAGGCCAACUGCUCUCGCGCUGUGCGAGCUGCGCUGUUGGCGCGCAGCAGGCCGACGCGCCACGAGUGCCAAAUCGGCGAAUGGGUCUACUUCUGGCGACCCGAGAUGUCGACGGGCCUGGAGAAGUGCCAUUGGCAUGGCCCGGCGCUGGUGGUGGCGGUGGAAUCGAAGGUCAACGAGGCCGACGCGAUGCACGCGUCGGUGGUGUGGGUCACGCACGGGUGCACGAUCUACCGCUGCACGGUGGAGCAGCUCCGCCCCGAGCUGCCGAGCGAGACCCGAGAGCGAGAAGGACGACGCGAGGAUCCCGACAGCCCGCUCAGCACCAUCGAGAAGCUGAGGGGGGCGCUCAGGCGGACCAAGGGAACCUGCAGCUUCAGUGACCUCGCCGAGGGGGGCCAGCGGCCCCAGUGCGACGACGCCCUGGGCGACGUGGGCGCGCAGCAGCCCGGCGCCCAGGGACGCCGCGCUGGAGAUCGAGCUGAACAAGAACGAGAGGAGCCGAGUGGCGCGGCUGCCGCGGCAGCUCCCGAGGCCCCCCAGCCAGCCGAGGCUGGCGAGGAGGCGGCCCCAGACCCUGCACCUUCGUGGGCCAGCGCUGCGCGGGAGCGUGGCAACGCGACGAGGGGGCCGAGCAGAGUCCACAUCGAGGCGAUGGCCAAGAGGAGCAUCGAGGAGGCUGAGAAGCUGGACGGCAUCCCAUUGGCAAAACGCGCCCGCAUGUCGUGGGCCAGGCUCGCGCCUCAGCAGGAGGAGUCGUGUCUCAUCGUGGAGGUGGGCGACGAGAUGAUGCCGUUGGAGGAAUCCACCGAGACGAUAUACAUGCUGGCUUUCAAGAGGAAGGUUCCCGCCAUCGAGCGGGGGCAGUUCUACGCGGCGAAGCUGGAGGCCCUCGAGGUGUUCAACAAGAACGACGGCUGGGGGCCCAUCGACGAGGCGGAGGUGGGCCCAGCGGCGUGCUGCCCGCUACGCUUCCUGCUGAAGUGGAAGGUGAAGGACGGGCAGCGAGUGGCCAACGCGCGAGUGCUCUACCAGGGCUUCAAGCACAGCGACGUCGCCGAGGGCCGGCUCGACAAGGAGGCGCCCACUUUGAGCAGGCUCGGCCGUCGCACGGUCAUGCUCUGGGCGGCCUUGAGGACGUGGAGGCUGUUCGCUGCGGACGUGAAGUCCGCGUUCUUGCAGGCCGAGGACGUCAGCGCUCGCGGCAUCGAGCUGUGCGCGAGCCCGACGAAGGAGAUGAGGGAGAUGCUUGUGCACCAGAUCGGCCUGCAACCAGGACAGUUGCUCAAGAUGAUCAAGCCAUGCUAUGGGGGCCCGCGGUCGCCCAAGCUCUGGCGCUACCGCUCCGACGAAGUCACGAGGGAGAUCGGGUCCAAUAACCGCUGGCGCGAGGAUCGCUUGCUGUUGUCCUUGCGGGCCGCGCGACCCUCGGACGACCCACUGGUGGACGGGCUGAUCGGCAAGCGCGUGGGCGACUUCGUCGGCUGCGGCAAGAACGUGAAUUGCGAGGAUGACCUGUGCGCCAAGCUGGACGAUGCCGAGUGCUUCCAGGCGCGGCUGGGCGCGCUCAACGAGAAGUUCAAGUUUGGCAAGUGGGAGUUCGGGCCGAGUCUAGUCUUCACCGGCGGCGUGGUAGAGCAGCCCCGGAGCACCUACGCAGUCACCAUCAAGUUCGAAAAAUACCUGCACGCGGUGAAGCCUAUCACCGUGGAGAAGCACCGGCGGGCGGAUCCCACCAGUGCGCUGUCUCCGAAGGAUCUCACCAGUUUCAGGACCCUGAACGGCCAGCUGCAGUGGCCAGCAGCCCAAGGAGUUACCAUCGCGGCGGCGAUCGUAUCGUUCAGAGCCGCGGCGACUGGACACGCGACGGUGCAGGACUUGCUGGGCGCGAACAAGGAUUUACGGUUCCUGAAGGCCAACGCGGACGUGGGGUUGUACUUCGGCUUCGACAAGCCGUGGAGUGAAUUGCGCGUGGGAGGCUACUCAGAUGCGAGCUGGGCUAGCCGACCUGACGGAAGUUCCAAAGGAGGCUAUCAGAUCUUCGUCGGACCCGAGGACGAGCUCAACGCCGGCACCCCUGCGCCGUUCGUGGCCAUGGAGUGGGCCUCGAAGAAGCUGGUGCGACUGUGCAGGAGCUCAUUGUCCGCUGAGGCGUAG